AUGUUGGUGUCAACGGAAAAUCGCUCGGCUUGCGAUUCAACUGGUAAAUCCAAAGUUGAUGAUUCUAGUGAUGUAUCGGGUCCGAGUCGAAAUAACACAUCAUUAUUAAACUCGAAAAGUCCUUCGAAAUCAAAGACUUACCAGCCAUUGGAUUUGCAGUCGAAUUCUUCUACAUCCUCAACGCCCGCCAAAUUUAGGGGUUUCAGAUAUAAGGGCCGGCCCCCAAUAACCGAGGUUCCUGAGCUUAUGGAAUUGUGCGAGGAGUUUCUGCUCACCACAAAUGUAACCGGUCUCUCCAUGAUUGCUCGUCAGCGUGGUCUUCCCCCAUCGUUAAGGCACAAAAUUUGGCCUGUCCUGUUGAAAUAUCAUCCAUAUGUUCUAAACCCAUAUGUGCAACCUGAUGACGACGUUGAUGAUGAAGAUGGGGAGCUCAAAAUUCCAGAAGCUCAAAUCAAGGCUGACCUCAAUAGAUAUCUCAGAAAUGCUGAACGUUACAAGCCAAAAGUUUUAACUCCGGAGCUCAAGGAUCUGUUCGAGAUUCAAGACAAAAUAUUUGAAACCUUGGAGAGUGCGAUUAUCAAGUUCCUGAAAAAAUGGGGAUCAAUUGUGCAUUACAAUUCUGGCCUUGCCUGGAUUGCCCUGGGCCUCGCAGAAUGGGUUCCUCCGUUGUUAAACUCGCAGAUUGUUCUUUGUGGGAAAGACGAUAUCGCAAAAAAUGGGACCAAGUUGCGAAAUAUAAACGACACUUACUUCGAAAAAAUGGAACAUGAGGGUACAGGCGCAGCCAGCUAUUCGUCAACAUUGAAUUCCACUCCUGUGCUAUCAUCAUCACCGAAAUCUGUUUCAAGUUUGGAAAGUUUGAAUCCUCAGCUUGCAUCCAACAACCACUCAUUCAAACCAAUGACAUUUGCAGAAAUUUACGAAAGAAUGGUGCUAGUUAUAUUGCACACCCCUGAUCCAACAAAAAAACAUGAAUCAAAACCGAACGAUGAGCAUUCGGAUGAGACCUCAGAAGAUUUGCCAAAAUUCGGGGGCUCGAUCGAAGAUAGAAUAUCAUUUUUCUUAUACUGUUUCAGACGGCUGCUGCCAGAGUUGCAUAAAUUCAUGUCAGAGGAGGGUUUAUUGAAAGGAGACUGGAUUUUAUGGUGGCUGAAAUACUGCGCUUCUAAAGUUUGGUCCAGGUACGAUAGAGGGAGAGUGUGGGAUCUUCUUCUUGGCUUCAGGAAUACUUUUGAUGAGGAAGACAUGGAGCAGUUGGGGCAGCUGACAGAAGAACAAAAACGCUUACUUGGUCCUGAUCUGUUUUGGAACCCAUUAUCCGAGCCAGACGUCCACUACAAAAAAGGCAGGUCCAGUAGUAUCAAGACUCUCAUCAACCAAGUUUCUUUAUCCUUCGAUCAAACGCCAACCUUAUCCUCUCUGUCUUUAAAAGACGAUGAUGAUAUCGAAGAUAUGCCUUUGAACGAGACAGGCAUACCACUUUCGCAGAUUGAUGCCCAUGUCCAGCUUAUCUUCAUUUCGUUGGCUUUCUUGAAGGCAAAGGAGUUUACAAUAAUGGAACUGGAUCAGUCAGAGAUCAAGCAGCUUCUUAACAAUCUGUCUUCUCUAAAGAUGUCGGAGAUUCGCUCGCUAGUUGGCGGGGACGGUCAGGUUGCAACUGCUUCGCUUCCUCCAGACAAUUGUUCAUGUGCUUCUUGUAAUGGAAGCGUAAACAGCAGCACGUCGGCCCUGUCUUCCCAUAAUUAUCAAUUGAAAAAAUCCAACAGAGACAUUGAAAACAUCAUUCUUGAGGCAGGUGAAUUAUGGAGAAAGUUCAUCUAUCUGGAAAUGAUUGAAGAAAGCUGA